GAAGGUGCUGAUAAAAGAUUAUAAAUGAUUUUUCUCUCGUAAAACCACUGUUGUGAGAAAGAGGCAGAUAUAUUAUUGAUAUUUCUGAGUCAAGUUGAACAAUUACGGCAUUUUCAUAUGAUGGUUCUUAAUUGAAGGCUAUAUAUAAAUAAAUAUUAAUAUCUGUGUUCAUAACCUCAAAAUAUUGUUUGGGGAUGGGAUGUUCGUGUUUGUUAUAUAUUAAAUUCAAUUCUUAGGCUGUUAAAAUGGGGUCUCGACAAAUAAUAGAAAAAUCUUUGACUAUGUUGCGGUCACUUCCAAGGAUAUCUUUAAAUAAUAUACGUGAUAAUCCUGGUGCAAAAAGGACCCAAAAACGUGGGCGUGCUCAACAUGGUGGUGAUAAACAUGGAGCAGGUAACAAGGGUUCUGGACAGAGGCAAAAUUUCAUGAGACUUGGCUAUGAGACUGGCAACAACCCAUUUUAUUUGCGCGUACCCCAUGAACCUUAUUACAGGGGACAUCACCUCAGAAGACAAUACCCUCCAUUGUCAUUAUGGCAACUGCAAAGUUUAAUUGAUAAAGAUCGAUUGGAUAUUACUAAACCAAUAGAUUUAGCGAGUUUAGUAAAGUCUGGAUUUUAUAAGUUUUUCCCAGACCAAAAACAAUUUGGCGUUCAUUUAACAGAUGAAGGUGCUGACAUAUUUGCUGCUAAAAUUAAUAUAGAAGUGCAGUGGGCUAGUGAACAUGUGAUUGCUGCAAUAGAAAAAAAUGGUGGGACAAUUACUACAGCUUACUACGACCCUCAUAGUUUGUUUCUGCUAAAAUCUCCAAAGAAGUUUUUUGAAACAGGCCAGGCUAUUCCUAGAAGAAUGAUACCUCCUCCAGAUGUCAUUGAAUACUACACGAGUGCAGAAACUCGAGGUUACUUAGCAGACCCUGAGAGGGUUUCUUUAGAGAGAUUGAGAUUAGCACAAAAAUAUGGGUACCAGUUACCCGAACUCGAAAAAGACCCAGAGUACGAAAUGUUGUGUGAAAGAAAAGAUCCUAGACAAAUUUUUUAUGGUCUUGAACCAGGAUGGGUUAUCAACCUAAAAGAUGACAAUAUCUUAAAACCGAAAGAUGAAGAACUGUUACAAUAUUAUGCUACAUAAAUAUUUACAUUAACAUUGUACUGUAGAAUGUCUCAAUUUGUGUAACUUUAAUUUAUAAAUUUGUUUUUAAAAUAAAAACUAUUAUACUUACGAAGGUUACUGUCUAUUUUUGAUUUAUGUUGACUUGGCACUGAUGAAACAAACCUAUUUCUUAGUAUUAUGUUCCGACUCGAAUCCAUGAAAAAUUGGGUAUAAUAAAUAAAUUUUAUCUCAAAUGAUAAUUUGAAACCACCUAAGUAUAAGUAUAUGAUUUAACAAUUUUCGAGACCAUAAACCCAAAAAGCAAUUUUCCCCACGAGAUUGCGUUGUGACUAUCUAAAUCUCAAUUCUAUCAUUAAGCCAAAAAUCUGAACGUGGCCUAUCAAUAUUUUCAAGGCUCUUGGCACUGUCUACCCUGCAAGGGAUAUCCCUUGAGACAGUGCCAAGAGCCAACGCAACACAUAAUACAUUUUCCCGCGGUAGCCAUAUCCUUUCCCAGAUCUCACUCCAAAUUUCCCUACCAAAUUUCAUCCAAGUCGGUAUAGUAGUCUAGGCGUGGUUCAUAAGAGAGCUAGUUACUUUAGUAUCAUUAUGUUUGUUUUAGGCCGGGUUAAGGCUUAUAGGGCCACGAAGAUCGGACAGGAAAGAAAGAAAUAGUUCAUUUGGUACACGAAUUAAAAAUAACAAAACUGUACCUGUACUGUAAAUUUGUCCCCGUUCAGUAUAGAUUUAUUCAUAGAACUACUAUUAUUACCAUGCCGUUGAUAUUCAUGACGGGAGUCACAUUUUGUAAUUACCUGUCCUAUCCACUACCUCAACUAAAAUGGAGAACUAUAGAUCAUGGUCGUAACCAGACCCUAGUCCAUUUUACAAGGAGCUACAAACGCUACAUGUAAUCAAGUUCUUUUUUUUGUACCUUAACCUCUAAAUUUGAGGCUUACCUAUACGAGAACACGAGAAAAAGUAACGUGAACAAAACCUGCAGAUUUAGGUAACUGCAGGUUUUGUUUACGUCACGGAAGCGGCCGCCGCGUCACGAAUAUGAGCGAGGGCAGCUCAUGCUCCUGGCAACGAAGCGGUAGGCCAUGGUACCGUGUGGUUUUAGUGGAUUCAAGUCCCACAUGACCCAUCCGGCUUCCCGUACCCGGGCGGGUAGAUGAAGGUUUCCUUUCCACACGUAAAAAGUUAGGUUAAUAAUUAUGUAAGUACUUUUAAAACGACUUAGCACGAACCUUUUUCAUUCUUUAUUUCACUAGAUUUAGAUGAGUGAAAUGAUAUAUCACUAGAUUGAAAUAGUAUUUUGUCAUAUCACUAAUAUUUUUUUAGUAAGAAGAUGAAAUCACGAAAGAUGGUGAAUAUUCCUAUGAAAUAGGAAUUUCGUGGAAUUGAAGGAUUUCGUGAAAUCUCUGAUAUCCUCAUUUCUCUGCGACAUAUAUAAGGUUAACCACCCACUCAAUGUUGAUGAAAUGGCGACGCAGGAAAUGUUUAAUAAAAAGGCGUUAAUGGGUAUUAAUGUUUUAUUUAUUGUUAUGAUAAAAUUUAUUUCCUAAAGCUUUUAUGAAAUCUUAUGCCUCCAGAUUAUAAGUCAUUGGUUUGGUGGUAUGGAACACUGAUAUUAACUUAAUUUUAUUUCAAUGUGAAUAAAAGGAAAAUAAUCAAGAACAAACCAAAUGUAAAAUUGACAGUGCUGCACAUAUUGGGAAGAUAGGCAUAAAAUUUCCAACUGAAUCGAUUAACUUAGUAAGACAGAUUUUAUAACACAUAAAAAUGAUCUGAGACCUAAAACGUAACACACACUUUGAAAAAAAUGUUAAUCAAAUAACAAAACUGUUGUGAUAAAACAACAUGUUCUAGUUUAUAACAAACAAAUGGGCAUGUGUAACACUAUCAUUUAGCUUUAUACAUACAGGUUAUGCAAUUAUUGAUUUAACUGUUCCUUUAACCCAAUCAGUAUCUGUAAUGAUCUGGCUUAAAAGGUCCAUCUAAAGAAACACCAAUAUACUUAGCCUGUUUAGGCGUAAGUUUUGUCAGCUUAACACCAAGGUGAUCAAGGUGAAGGGCGGCUACUUCCUCGUCUAACUUCUUAGGAAGAGUGUGCACACCCACAGGGUACUGGUUGUGUCUGGUCCAAAGUUCAAUUUGUGCCAAUACUUGAUUUGUGAAAGAAUUUGACAUAACAAAAGAAGAGUGGCCUGUAGCACAACCUAAAUUAACUAGCCUUCCAGCAGCCAACACAAUGAUAUGGUUUCCAUUUUCGAGUUCAUAACGAUCUACUUGUGGCUUAAGGUUUACUUUUUUAGCAUUUUUUUCCAGCCACGCUACAUCAACUUCACAGUCAAAAUGGCCAAUGUUGCAUACUAUAACAUCGUCUUUCAUCCUCAGAAAAUGUUCCUUGCAUAUUAUGUCAAUGUUACCAGUUGUUGUAACAAAUAUUUGACCAAUUUCAGCAGCUUCAUCCAUAGUGGUUACUUGAAAACCUUCCAUAGCUGCUUGUAGUGCAUUAAUGGGAUCUAUUUCAGUUACAAUUACUCUCCCUCCAAAUCCUUUGAAAGCUUGGGCACAUCCUUUGCCUACGUCACCAUAUCCAGCAACAACACACACUUUGCCAGCAAUCAUAAUAUCUGUGGCUCUUUUAAUUCCAUCCAGUAAUGAUUCCCUGCAUCCAUACAAAUUAUCAAAUUUGCUUUUAGUGACAGAGUCAUUCACAUUAAUCGCUGGAAUUUUGAGAAGACCUUCUCUGAACAUUUUAUAUAGAUUGUGAACACCAGUUGUGGUCUCUUCGGAAAGUCCUUUGAUUCCUUCCAAAUAUUGUGGAUAUUUUUUAUGUACCAAAUUUGUUAAAUCUCCACCA